CAGAUCUGUCACUGCUGGGCGCUGGUCGACUGCUUUUUUUUUUUUUUUUUUUUGCUGCCGCUGUUAAGAGUGCAGGUGACUGGUGUACACCCAUUUCUCUCUCAUCUUAAAAAAAACACAAAACAAAACUGCUUUCAGUUUAUAAAAUAUACAGUCGUUCACAAUGGAGAGGCAGCUAUCACAAGAGAAGAGUGUCGGCGUGUAGACCAUGAUGAUGCAGAAAAGGCGAAACCUUAGCAGAUCAAAUUAAUUCACCUGCGGUCGUGGCGCAGAACAGGAGGCUUGUUGUAAUCUUAUACGUACCAUCCAACAAAAGGAUUUUCAGCACAUGUAAGAGCAAAUCCCUCAUCAAAGCAUGAUGAGCGAUGACAGAGUUGCUAUUUUGUCGGAAGACGAAGAAGAGCAAAAAAGGAAAUAUGUUCUGGCUGAGCCUUUUAACACUCUGUCCUUGGAACAAGUCACUGAGCCCCCAACUGUCUCACCCCCUUUUGAAACCCCUGCAUCUGCCACUGAUGAUUUUGACUGGCUAGAAAGGCGGUGCAUACAAAUUGACAAUGAUCUCCUGAUAUCAAAGGUCUUUUACUUUUUUUUCUAUUCUGCAUAUGGAUCGUUGCACCCCCUUCUGCCUGUGUAUUACAAACAACUGGGUAUUUUGCCAAGUCAGAGCGGGCUGCUAGUGGGCAUCCGUUACUUCAUUGAAUUCUGCAGCGCUCCAUUUUGGGGAGUGGUGGCCGACCGUUUUAAGAAAGGGAAAAUUGUCCUUCUGUUUUCCGUUCUGUGCUGGAUUCUAUUUAACUGUGGAAUCGGCUUUGUAAGGCCUGCUACCAUGACAUGUACGAAUCUAAACCCUUCUAACUCUACUACAACUACAGCCCCCAAGGUAACAUUCAAUUCCUCCUCUCUCAUGCCUCCAAAUGGUUCUGUCACCAAUCAUCGACAGAGGAGGGGCUUGUAUGCAAAUGAACUGCUAUCCACAGCUGGUUUUCCAUUACCUUAUUUUAACACAGAGCCUGUUUUAUCUCUCAGAAGUGCUGUUGAUACGACUGCUAAUUCACCUACCCAGAGACCAACCCCAGCCAAAACCACCACCAGCACUACCACUAAAACCACCACAAAAUCACCAAACAAAUAUAUCAUCACUACUGACAGUGAUCAAGUGGAGACCAUCUUUCUGCUCAUCCUACUAGUCAUUAUAAUAGGAGAGUUUUUCAGCGCGCCGGCUGUUACCAUCGUGGACACUAUCACCUUGCAGUAUCUAGGCAAGCACAGGGACCGCUAUGGACUGCAGAGAAUGUGGGGCUCUUUAGGGUGGGGGUUGGCUAUGCUGGCUGUUGGCAUUGGAAUUGACCACACGCACAUUACAAUCUUUAUUGUAGGCACAGGUUGUGAUUUGCCAGAUUACAAAGACUACCGCAUUGCUUUCAUUGUGUUUGGGGUCCUUAUGACAUUUGCUCUCAUAGUGGCCACACAGUUCCGCUUUGACUCGAGCCAUUUCAUGCAGGAGGAUGAAAAAAGGGAAGAAAUAGAAAUCCCCCAUGUGGUUCGCAAUGCCCCCGAGGAAACGGAUGCAGGAGAUGGUUCUUAUACCAGUCCACAGGCUAGUGGAGAACAUUUCGACUACAGAUACCUGCUCAAGCUGCUGUGCAGUGUUAAGUAUGGCAGUGUCCUCUUUGUGGCCUGGUUUAUGGGCUUUGGCUAUGGGUUUGUGUUCACCUUCCUAUACUGGCACUUGGAGGACCUGAAAGGGACCACCACUCUGUUUGGAGUCUGCUCUGUCUUGAGUCAUGUUUCAGAGCUCACCGCUUACUUCUUCAGUCAUAAGCUGAUCGAGUUAAUCGGACACAUCAGGGUUUUGUAUAUUGGAUUAGCCUGCAAUACAGCUCGCUAUCUGUACAUAUCCUACCUGGAAAAUGCUUGGAUUGUUCUCCCAGUGGAAGUUCUUCAAGGAGUCACCCAUGCCUCGGUAUGGGCUGCUUGCAUUUCCUAUCUGAGUGCUGCAGUGCCUCCUGCACUGAGGACGUCGGCCCAGGGAAUCCUGCAGGGCCUUCACCUGGGGCUGGGGAGGGGCUGCGGGGCCAUGGUGGGGGGAGUCUUUGUGAAUUACUUUGGGGCGGCUAAAACAUUCAGAGGAAUCGGAAUGGCCUCUCUUGUGAUUCUUUUAUUAUUUGCACUUAUUCAGUGGUUGUCUGUGAAAAAUGAUGAUGAUGCAGAAGAUAGGAUGCUGGCAGAAAACAUACCAGUUCCAUCCAGCCCAGUUCCCAUAGCAACCAUUGACCUUGUACAAAACCAGUCUGAAGUGGUUCUGCCCCGAGUGGAGCCCAAACUGCCUCUGAAGAAAACCAAACACCAGGAGGAGCAGGAGGACCCGAAUAAACCAGCAUGGGUGAUCUCUUCAUCUCCCUGGGUUACCAUUACUUUUGCCAUCUAUCAGAUGAAAGAGAUGGUGAAGAUGUCGAAACGCAACCUGGCUUCUGAGCACCAGCCUCUGCAGGAAACUGAACUGUCUCCAUCAACUUCUCAAAGAAAGAGUUCUCCCAACUUGAAUAAAGCAGAAACUCCUCCAGCGGCAGCAAAUAAUCAAGAUCCAGCAAGCACACAUGGUCCUGCAGCUCAGGAAGGCACAAACAACUCCCUGCAGGCUACACAGGGCCUUCCAGACACCUGCCCAGCAGAGACUGUGGAGAACUGCAACCCUCUGCCAGGAAAUAUUGCUACCAAUUCAGCCCUGUCUCCAACAAACCCCUUCAAUCAAAUAUAAAUAAGGAAGAGCUGUACAUACAAGCUAUGUCUGUACAAAUGAAUAUCUAUAGCAAGGCAUUUGUUGCCUUUUUUAUUUUGUUUUCAAAUUGCAUAGGAAGAGUUUUGGAUGGUAUUUUUGUGUUUGCUGCCGAGGAAUGAUUCUGUUUCCUAAAAGGUAAAUGUAUUGGAGAAUAUUAAUAAAGCUUACAAUAUGUGCAACUUGCCACCUUGGUAGAUAUGUAUAUAACAGGAAUACAACCAGUGAUAGGCAUUUUUCUAAACACUAUUUAACAUUUCAGGACGUUUAUUUUCAUGUUAAAACCCCAAACUGCAAAAAGUGCCUAAUACUUAGUACAUUACCGUUUGCCUAUAACUCACCUGCUAAAAAAAAUACACAUUUGCAGUAGACAUUUAAUUUAAAUAACGUUAUUUAAAAAAAAAAAAAAAAAGCUCAGUUCUGUAACUUUUAAGCUGCAGUUUAAUUGGCAAAAUGUUUUCCUGAACAGUGGUGUGCUAGACUUCCCAUCUACAUGCUGUCUUUUGAACUGUUUGACAAUUCCAGAAGAAAUGUUUGUUUACCGGGGCUUAGAGAGGCACCUGAAAAUGAAAUUGCAGUUUUAGCACUGAAUACUAUGCUAAAAGUUAAUAUUAUGGGUUUUAAAAAGUUUUGUAGUGUUUAAGGCAUACACUGGAAAAUGUGAAUUUGUUAAUUUAUGAACAGAAGGUUUCUCUAAAUAUUAAUAUAUGUUUGCAAUCUGUGUCCAGCACUGUAAACUUGUUAAAAGAACAUAGAUUGUGUGUGUGUUUUUUUUUUUUUUUUAAAUACAUAUAUUCACACAGCAAAGGCUAAGUAAAGUAAAGGCUUUGUGUAUAAUUAACAAUGUGUGCCUAUAAAUUCUUGCUUACUGUAUUCUAAUCAGUACUUUUGUAAAUGGUUUUGGGUUUCCAGCUAAAGAAAGCUACAGUGUUAUGGAAUGCAAUGUGCUGUAAUGUUAAAACAAUUAAAAAAUGCAAAAAAAUGUAAUUAAUAUACACUCUGCGCUUUUAUUAAAACAGUUUAUUUGGAAAAAAAUAAGCUUUGAUUGUACAUACCUGAGUGAUGUUCUAUUAAAUAAAUAGCACUGACUAUACAAAGUCAUGGCGACCUACAUUCA